AUGGCCCCAAGCCAAGUCCGGGGGAAGGUUAUCUUGCUCCUUAACUACACCUUCUUUCCAAGGCUUUCACUAUUUGGUCUGAAAUCUACUAAGAACUUCAUUAUGCCAGAAGACAACUCCAAACCAGCAUCUAUUCCCGAAUGGCAGAGACCAAAUAAGACAGCUAAUGAGUCGCCAUCGCCGAGCUCCGACAAUGCGCCCGCAACUACAACUACCCCCCGACAAACCCUCCUAGACCAAGCAUCAAAAUUUCUAGAAGACGAGUCCAUCCGUGAUGCUUCCAUAGACCGCAAAGUCUCAUUCCUCGAGUCCAAAGGUCUAAGCUCAGACGAUAUCCAGCAAGUCCUCGGCGUCUCCCGAAAUGCAGAGGCGAGCUCAACCCCAACCGAGAAACCUCAAGAAGAGACCCAAUCCAACCCAUCAACCCAAACCGAAGUGACCCCUUCAUCACCUGUCACUGCAUCACCACCAACAACCACAAUGCCGCAACAGCGCCCCCCGCCCGCCUCCCGCGAUGUCCCUCCAAUAAUCACCUACCCAGAGUUCCUCUUCGAGCAAAACAAGCCACCGCCCCUAGUGACAAUGCAAAACCUCAUGUACACCCUCUACGGCGCAGCAGGCCUAGGGGCAGCCAUCUACGGCGCAAGCGAAUACAUCGUGAAACCAAUGCUCGCAAGCCUAACCAGCGCGCGCCACGAGCUAGCCAACACAGCCGAAGAAAACCUCCAAAAGCUCAACGCAAAGCUAGAGCAGACGGUUUCCGUCGUUCCGCCGCAGCUGACAGCGCGCAAAGCAACGUCCAACGACGACGAAGAAGACGAUGACUCCAUUACCUCGGACCCGACGGAGCUCUUCCAUAGGGACAUGGCGACGCAGACAAGUCCCGAGCCUACUCCAGCGCCGUCGACUACUGAUGCUGUCAACUCAGCUGAUGUCGGCAUCACACUGACUACGAAGGUCAACGAUCACGUUAGCCGUGUUGAGUCGAUCACCUCGCAAUUGCGCGGGAUUAUCGAUUCCGAGAAAGAUGCUAGUACUUUGGAUGAUUCCAUGCGUACUGGUCUUACGGAAUUGCAUCAUUAUUGUGAUACGUUGAUCUAUAGUGCGCCUGCUUACUCUGCUGGGUCGACGUAUGGGGUGUGGAAUUCCAACAACGGCUCCAAUGAUAACUCUGGUUUACGCAAGGCGGAGGAUGAAGCGAUUGCUGGAUUUAGAGCGGAUAUUCGAGGAGUGAAGGGUGCGUUGUUGAGUGCGCGCAACUUCCCUGCUAGUCGAGGUGGGAGACUUGGGAGUGGACUGCCGGUUGGGAGACGAUAA